AGAGGUGCUGGACUGAAGGCAGUUGGUAUUUUAAAUUUUGGAUAUGCAAUCCAUCACUGUGUAUUCUCGUCUGUGUAUUUCUCCAAGAGAGAUGAGCUACUGUGAAAGCAAUCCUGUAAUUAUCCACUCCAGGGAUAUCAGUGCCAAGACAGCAGAGGAAAACACAAGAGGUGCCAGUGACUGUAGCCAAUGCAGCCAUGUAUACCUGGGGGCUUCCUCCCACCUGCUGGAAAGGAAUGCUGACAUAUACCUGCCAUGCUCUGCUCCAGCUGAUGCCAAGUGGAGAAGGUUUUACAACAGCUUAUCGUGGGUGGGUGUAGGUGCUACUUUGCAGGCACAGCUGAUGAAAACUUUAAAAUGAAGACAAGAUAACAAAGUGCAUCUAAAUGGCUUCUACUCUGACCUCAGCAAACUAAUGAUGAAAAGAAGGAGACUGUGGGAUUAUUCGUUUCAGCUUCCCUGGAUGAUGGAUGGAGAGACAUUCAGUGCCACUUUGGUGCCAUCUGGGAACAUGACACCAGAUUCUAGCAUGAUCCUGGAACAGAAAACAACCUUUGCCUUUGUGAUUUUAUUAUUUAUUUUCUUGGGAAUCCUCGUUGUUUGCUGCUUCCAAAUUCUCCUUGACCCCUACUCAUGUAUGCCAACCUCAACCUGGGCUGAUGGACUUGGUGGAAUGGAGAAAGGCCAGUUUGAUUAUGCUCUUGCUUAGAGACUGAGAAUUGUUAAGGCUUAUUUAGCACACUGAUAAAGAAAGAAAAUUUCAGGAAUGUAUCUUAUUUUGGUUUUGCUUUAUAUUUUAUCAAAUAUUGUAGGAGUUACAAUAUACACAUAUGGACCCAAUUUUAAAAAAAUUAAAUAUAAAAACAAGUAAAAUUUUUGACAGUAGUUGAGUGAAUCUUCCCAUAGGAAAAAGAGACAAGUUGCAUUAGCAGAAUGGUGCUUCAAAAUGCAUUGGAACAAUACAUAGUACAUUUGAUCUCUUAUAACUGGAUAAGAAUCACUAGAGCAAAUGUUUUGUUUUGUUUGUUUGUUUGUUUCUGGGAUAUUCUUUUUAUCAUUAACCAGACUCUGUGGAGGAAAGCAUCUUAUAAAUGUGGUAAGAAUGUCUUUUUAUGAUCUGUACAUAGCAAAUAAAUUUCUCAAGCCCCACAAGUCUCAUUUUUUAAUCCCAUGCUCUGAAGACAAGUGAGGAAGUUUCUUGUUCUGUAAGAUAAGUAUGAAAGCUCUAGAAAAUUUCAGGAGAAAAAAUGCCUCAAUUUUUUUCCAAGGUUUAAUGCUCUUUCUUAGCAUUAAACAGUGAUUAAGCUACCUAAUACUAACAAAUCACUGACUGUAAUCUUUGAUGU